GGUUUCCCUAAAAAUUCAUAUCAAAAAUACUGACGUAAUUUUUUUCAAGCAGAUUUUUUUAUUUUUCGUGAAUUUCUGGAAUUUUUACGGAAAAAAAAAAAAGAUUUUCCAACAUCCAACGUCCCAUCUCCCAUUGGAGAUAAAAAUUGAAUUUAAAAAUUCAUAGAAAAAUGGCAACAGACGAACCGUCAAAGGAGAAAAACAACAACAUCGAUGACCAAAGUAAAAGCGAAAGUGAUAAAAUGAGCGAGAAAGAGACGUAUUUCAAUGCUUUGCGAUUAUGGCAUCGCAAUUACAUGCAACACGAAUUCGCCUCAAAUGCAUUUCCGUACUACCUAAUUGCCAACUAUCCGCAACUGUUUGCCAACCAUCCGACGAGCACGCAUCACAACUUGUUUCCGCAAGUGAAUAAUUUGCAGCAACGACCUCGUCCCGGGAGACUUUUCAAUUAUUUCGAUUCGACGCGGCAGGCGAGACAAGAUGAGAUCAUCGCCUUAAAUGGGGGCUACGAAUACACAAUUGCCCCUUUGUGGAAGCGAUUUUUAGCGGAAAUGAUUGACGUUUUUAUCCUUUUUCUCAUCAAAAUUAUGAUCACGUUCGCGUUAGUCGACAUUUUCGAUCUCAACUUGAACAUCGAUUGGGAUUUGACGAAUUUGCGGAGCUCCCUCGAAGAUGAUUACACGGAAAUUUUGAAUUUUACGACGGAAUUGCUCGUGCUUGAGAUUGUUACCAAAUUGGCAGUUUGCAUUUACGAAGCUCUGUGGACGGCACAAGCUCGCCCCAAUGCUCUCGGAGGAGCGACACCGGGAAAAAUGUUGCUCGGAAUAAGGAUUUUGUACGUUGAAGCUGUGCAAGUCAUUGAUCCGAUGCGACAACCGGGAUUGAAUAACAAUCAACCACUGAAGGCGCUUUUGUGGCCCGCACAAAAUUUGGGGAUUGAACGAGCGUUGUUCAGAUCCGUUUUUAAAAAUUUGUUUAUUACCUUUUUGUUCCCAAUUUGCUUUUUUGCCUUUUUGUAUCGCAAUAACAGGACGAUCUAUGAGCAAUUGACAAAGACCAUUGUUGUUGAGGAGACUCCGCCGCCGCCAUUGAGAAGACGUUGAACGAACGACGAUGUGAAUGAAUUAUUUGUUAAGAGCUUUUGUUGUUUUUCAGUCAUAAAUUUUUUGUAUAUGGUCUCUAUAGAAAUUAAAUGGAAAUUUGAAUGAAUAAAUAAAAAUUUUGAAUUUUUAA